AUGCAGAAUACUAAGAUGGAAUUAAGAAUUGAGCAUAUGCAGGACGGUUUACCCGUGAGCCAUGACCCGGUAACAACUGCACUGAAGUCAUACGACAAAGGACUGCUAAUGCAAGUCAGCGCUCCCUUCUUUAAUGAUCCUCCAGCACCACUUGGAGCACCAAAGAAACCCUUGAGAAAGCUGUAGGACUGAGAAGAUGUAGAAGCAUUUUUUUUGAGUGACAGGACUGAACAGAAGUUGAACUUGGAAAGGUGUGGUCAUGGGCAACACUUGUUGUUGCUGCUUUCUGGCCAAAGAAGAGCGUGGAAAGAAGAACUUCCCUUAGAAUUUGAUGUGGCCAGAAAGGAAACCAAAUGCAAGGGUAGAGCUCAUCUUCCUUGGAAUUAUUUUCCACCAGGCACUAACAUGUUCAAUGCACUUGCAAUUCAUGGCUCAGAGGAACACAGAAAAUACAAAGCACUUUAUCCUGUGCCUGGACAAGAACUUCAAGAAGGACAGAAACCAGAUUUUCAUUGUCUGGAAUUUUUCCAGGAAUUGAACCUGAAAGAACUAAUGGGAGAAGACUGGAAGCAGCCUGAAUCGGAUAUAUGGAAGUCUCAUGCUAAUUCUCAAAAUGGAUUGAGGCUUAAAUUUUGAUAGCAUUAAGUUUGGAUCAAACUGUAUGAGGACAAGUUAUUUCGGGCAGAGUUCAUAAAUAUAAGAUUAGUAAAGUUUCAUUGACACCAAAAGCAUUGAUCAAUCACAAUAUCAACAGUAAAGUCUCUGCGUCAGUUACUUUUAAAAGUGUGAAGUGUGCAACUGCCGAUGUUGCAGUUUAUCUGAGUCUGGAGCUCUUAAUCUGUGCAAUGCAGAUGAAUUGAUGCCUUCAAUGAAGAGAAAAUUGUGCUAAAAUUACAGUUGUGUUUCCAUGAGAGCUCUAAGGCUGAUAAGGCAAGUGUCUGGCUGGAAUCUCUUUCUUGCAGUUGCUGCAUUUCUGCUGUAUUUUCACCAUGUUUUGUUUUUCUUCAUAACUGAAUGUGACCCUUGUGCACCUAAAUUUUUUGUUGCAAACAGGAGAAAGAAUGCCUCCUUCAGGAACAGAAGAUAAUGUAACUGUCAUGGUUUUUUGUAAUCUGGUACUUACACUGCAAGAUGCUGUGGAGGUACAACACUAGCUAGCCUCAUUCCUAUACAAGUUUUCUAUUUCAAGUAUUCUUAUAUUCCUGUGCAAGUUUUCACUUGCACAUUGCUGAAGGGGAAUUUUUAUCUGUUACUUUAUUGGCAGAAGUCUCUGGUUCAAAUUCAGUGUGGAAUUUCUAAUGAUAAUUAUGUGCAGAGGGUAGUCUUUUUUUUUUUUUUUUAAAGUUUUGUGCACUCCAGGCAAAGCUUCUGGGGAAAGUUAUGUUUAGUAAGACCUGGAUACAGUUGUAUGUCUACAAAAGCUUGGCCUUUUCAAGUAACCUUAAGGAUUCAGCUCAGACAUAAAAGAAAAUUCAGACUAACAAAUAUUGUUUGCUUGCCUCUUAACCCCAGAAGAAUGCAAAUGCGUUGUGGGUACCUACUUUUCUCCUUAUUAGCAUGUGUAUUUUAACACCACUGGGUACUGUUAGAUUGUAAGAUCUAAUCAGUGAACUUUCACAGAAUUUAGUUGUUCCUUUCUUGUCCUAUCUAAGGUGUUAGAAAAUAGGAAGCUUUCCCACUGACUGGAUCCUAUGUCUGAAAAGUGGAUGACUUGAAAAUUAAAAUUCUUUGGUUUAGUUCAGAAUGAGAAGAAUUUGAAUCAAGAUGUGGUUCUCAGUCUGUUGUUGCUAAGAGGAUUUCCUGCAUCUGUUGAAGUGUCAUCAUCACAGAGUGGAAGUUGGUCAUAUUCUAUGUGAGAAGGAUUGUUCUGAGAGUCUGAGGGCACGUGGUUGAGUCAAGGGAAAGAGUAUGUGGUAGAGGGCUACAGACUGCUGUAUAGUUUAGACCAACGCAAGUUGUGUGGAGAAGUUAGGCAGGGGUGACUUGUUCUGUUAUGAAGAUGGACCGUCUAUGAAGCUAGUGAGUGAGUGUCACACUCAAAGUAGAGAAAUGUGGUUCUUUUCUAAACAAACGGCCAGAAAUAGUGUAUGAGAAUUUUCUGUUGUUUCAAUGGGAGAUGAAAAGGGUACUGAAACUUCGAAAACAAAAAAAUAGCAAACAGGUUCAUGGAAUUAUCUCCGCUGAAAAUAACUGGGAGUAAGGAGUGCAGUAGAGCAAACAUAUGCUUUUUUUACUUUUUAUUUUCACUCUUCCUUAGGGAUCUACUUAUGAUAAAAACCACUGUGCUAGAUGGAUCAUUAGUCUAAAACAUAGUAGCUGUUAUCUCUAGAAAGAAAGGCUGAAGGAAUUGUUAUUUAAUUCCCUGCAGUUGUUUCUCAUUAAUUACAAAUUACACUAGAAGUGCACAUUACAGCCAAGAGACAAAGCAACCGCUCUUGCUGAUGUUCUCAAAAAUCUCAUGCUGAACCAAGGUAAUAAGAAAGGAAAAGAGCACCACAGCAGUAGAGGUGGAAUAUGGCUUGGGCUCGUCUUACAUCUAAGGAAUUCCAUGAAAGGAUUUGUGUUCAUUCUUCUCCACACAAAAUGGCUUUCUUUAAUUGUUGUGUACAGUUUUUGUGUGUUUCUUGUCAUGAGCUGCUACUAGAUGGAAAUAUUUACUUUGAAUAGUUGAUAAUAGAGCUUUAUAGUUUCAUGUCACCUGAUUUAUUGCAGAAUAAAUAUUCUAUGAUACAAACUUGUUUUUAUAAGAUUUCCAAACCAUAUAUCACUUAUUUCAUCCCUUUACAGGCUUUAUUUAAUUCAUCUUAUGAACAGCGAUAUGUGUGCUGAAAACACACACACACGUUCCCAGGUUUCAGCACCACUUGAAAACACUCUCACUCACACUCUCUCUCUCUCGCGCGCACUCUCUCUCUCUCACACUCACACACACACACACACACACACACAC